UAUUUUUCUACCCAUGGUACAGCUCUUGGUUCCUUUGUGGACUGUGACUUGCUCUUCGUAGAUGCCGUAGAAGAUGUGGAGCCUUUUAAAAAUGCAUCCAUAACCUUAAAUAUCUAGAAAUGCCUGUUUCUUGAUGUGAUUUUAGUCCGAUUUUGUAAAAUCCACUUUGCCUUUGCGUUCCCGCGCUUUCCCGCGGUUCCUGAAGAGCUCGUCCUAGUCCUUUCAAGACUUCAUGUUGCGAUUACAUCACGUUCUUCUUGGAACGGAACCAAAUAAAAUUUAUAUUUUUAUUUCAAUUUCACAAUCGAACUGGUCACGAGGAAACGGGAUUUUUUGUUUUUUAUAUCUUAUUUUGUAGUGAAAAUAUAAUUUAAACAGAAUGGCGAUGCAAGAUGUGAUAAAUAAAAUGAAAGGUACAGCUCUAGGGGUUGCAGAAUAUCUAACACCAGUUCUAAAGGUAUAAAAUCUUGUAUAAAAAAUACUGUAUUAAAUAAAGUCAAUAUUGGAAUUGUUUGUAAUAUAGAUGUAUAUAAUAAACAAGUUUCUAUUUUACAAUAUACUGUUAAUUAACUGAACAGUCCUUAAUAUAUGUAGUCAUAAUAUAAGGAUUUUAACAACUUUUUAGGAAUCAAAAUUCCAAGAAACCGGCGUUAUUACACCGGAGGAGGUAGGUACUGUUAAAGUAGAGAACUGUGGAUGGUAGGGGUUCAAGUAUUCAACUACCUGAAAGAAGAAGUAAAACGUUGAUGUUUCGAGCGACGGCCCUUCAUCGGGCUCACUGUUAAAGUAGUGCUGUGUAUACCAUAUGACACAUUUAGGCCACCCAUUUAGUAGUACUGUAGUAUCAACACACCCCCAUUGAUUUUCAACCCCUUCAGAAAUGAUUUUUGCAAAUUCUUUAAUUUUCCCGACCCUCUUGCAAGCUUUCAAUUUUUCUCAAACCCUUGGAAAUUCCAUGCCAAGAAACUCCCAUGUGACUUUAUUACAUCUUUUUUCCUGACCCCCAAUUUUUGGAAAUUUCUGAAAAUCUAAUUCUGGUAAUAGAAAAAUUUGCUAGGAUGCUCGAUGGGCAAUGGAGGUUAGUAAGUCUUUCAAUUUCCUCUGUGCAGAAGGUGUGAAUAUAUUCUCUAGAACUAGAAAAUACAUGCAUGCAGAAAACCUCGCCUUGCUGACAAAACCAUUGUAUUUUCCGAACAUGAAGUAUUUAAAGUAGUUGUCAUGGUAACAUAAUAAUUUUUUGAGAAUAUUUUUACAAACGAAAAAUCCCCUAAAAAUAUCACUUUCUUAAUUCUUUCACCUUGUUUUUCUCAAAAAGCUUUUGAAAUUUACAAAAUCUUGCAAAAAUGAAAUAUAUUUGUAAGAAAUCAUGAAAGCAAGAAAUGUUUGCUAUUUCGCUGUCGCCAUGCAGUCGUUAUAAUGCAAAUUUUAAAUUGGACCAAUCAGUGUUCGCUAUUCAUAACAGUCCACUAUAUUUUGAGAUCAGUGAUGACCACCCACCCAACACCGAACCAUACAUGGUAACCCACGCCCGCGAUCAUUGAUAACUUUAGACUUUGCUAAUGCUUUCCUUUCCCCGGCCCCCGGUAAAUAGCCGUGCGGAAUUAGUACCGUCACCCCAGGCUUAUGCCCGGAACAGCGCUCUGCACUGUUGGCUCGGGAAUGACUCACUAGUUAGUCAUCCUUAUAAAAUGACCCUUUCAGAAAUAAUUCAGUUUUUGAAGUCUACAAUGCACCCAAAUGUCAGACCUGGCUGUUUGAGACAAGCGAUCGCACGCACCUCUGCACAUGCUUUGACUCAUCAAGGUGUGGAUUUUGCCAUGCACCUCAUUUGUUUUUCAAGUAUCAAAUGGCACACCUCAUUGAUUGCCUCUAAGUGACUUUAUUUUGUCCAAUUCUUCUUGCAUGUAAAACAUAAACAACCAAUAAUCAAGAAAGCCCCCAAGGAGGAAAUGUUUGAUGUCCAGAGGGGGAGGAGAGAAAAAUUUGUUCUGAUAAUAGUAAGUGUAUUGGGACAUCCAAAGGGGCCGGGUAGGGGUGUUUUCUGGAAUGACCCAUUUCAAAAUAAAAUAGUGAACCUUAUUAUAGGCAUGACAUAACAUUGCAUUAUUUUACUCUAUCGACAAAUCUGUAAUUCUCGGCUUUUAGUUUGUCGCUGCUGGAGACCAUCUUGUUCACCACUGCCCAACAUGGCAAUGGUAAGUUACAUUCGAUCUUCAAUUUAGUCAGUAGUAACCUCUUGUUCCCAGUAAACUGCAAAACAUCCAGGGUUCUAUACAGCAGAUUUGCAGUAUCCUAGUAUCCUGAUGAUACCAGUCUUGAAUUUUUGGAUACCAGAUGUCGAAACCUUGGUAACCUAUUUGUCCUAAUCCACAAUGGAUUCUGGCAAAAAAUUCUAAUCUCAAACCCUGAAAAAAAACCCAGUUGACUCAUUAAGCAGCAAUUCACCCAAAUGCACCCUGCUAUACUUUGUUAUUUUAUUUUACACAUGCACUUUCGUUGGUAGGGAUGUACUGUAGCUACCUGAAAAUAUAAGGAGAAUUUGUCUAAUGCCAAACAAUUUUAAUUGUCAAGGAGAGAGUCUUGUGCAUUUAUGGAUUAACCAUACCAUCUGCCAAUGUAUCUUGUUAAAUAUAUACAUGGGAUAUAGUAAGAAUGUUUUGUCGAUGACUUCACUUUACAGUCAUUGUUGCACAAAAGUGAAAAGAUCUAAUAGGUGACAUUUAAUUGAUCGAUACCAAACGAUUUUGCAGUUGAAUAAUUAAACUAAGACAAUUGACAUAAUAUGCCUGUAUGUAUUAUAUAUAUUUUCUUUAAUCCAUUAGCUGAAGUUGCAUUGCACCCUACUUUAUUAUUUUACUCUGUUUACUGGCAAACAAUUUUUUUACUCAUCUAGGGGCGAGUGCUGACACACGAGCCAAUGGGUUAAUCAGAUUAUCUGCCCAUCUCUCUAGUUAACCCAUUAACUUGCAUUGCAUCCUAAUGCGUUCCAUGCAACCUCGUGCGCUGACACUCAAUUAUUGUGGUUACAGAAUCUCAUUAAAAAGGACACCUCUCUAAUACAGACAUUUCCUUUCAUUGUUAAUUUUGGAUUCAGGCCCAAUUGACUCAUUAAUACUGCCUUACAGGUCAACAGGAGACGAGUCUAAAGUCAAGCAUUAUCUCCCAAAAGAUAAACAGUUUUUAGUCACUAAGAAUGGUAAGUUUUUGGUUUAUUGUUUUUGGUUUAUGGUGGUCCCUUGUUAAAAAUACGAAUAAUCUACAGUAUGUGUACGAGAAUAGUAAGAUUAACAAGAACAAAUUGCACCGCCACACAGCGAAACAAACAGUUUUCCAUGUUCCAGGAUUCCAGUGCUGUAAAAGUUACUCAUUUUUUGGAACUAGUUACAGUUACAGUUACAUUCCCAAAAAAGGAACUAGUUACUGGUAAAAGUUACACUUAAAAAAAAUGCAACUAGUUGCCGUUACAAAAUUACUUCAAUAUUUACAAUAUACUGUAACUAGUUACAAGUUACUUCAAGUAAGAAAAAACCCAGUUUUUUUCAACUUAAUGAUUAGUGGUCAGCAGAUUGACGUUAGUUAUUUGUAAACGUUAUGUAACCUUACCACAAAUGGAUCUCUCAGCUGUGCUACGCAUUGAAGCAUGCGUUGUCGUAGAAAACCGUGAGGAGAAUUUCGAGAACUGAGAGGUGAAUUGUAAGUUUUAACCGCAAGAAUGUAACGAAAAAAGUAACGUAAACGUUGGCUAUAAAAGUAACGCGUUAUCGUUCCAUUUUAGGCCAAAAUGUAACUCGUUACAGUUUCAGUUACCUUAUUUUUAAAGGUAACUAGUUAUCGUUACAGUUACUCAAAAAGUAACGAUUACUUGUAAUUUCGUUACUUGUAACGAAGUUUCUUACAGCACUGCAGGAUUCUCAGUAUCGUAAAUAUUAAUUAAACCGUCUUUAUAAUAAUUGAGCAAGCCACUUAUGAAGUUCACUAAGCUACAUAUCCUGGCUAUCUUUUUUUUUCUUCGCUUAAAUGCAGUUUCAUACUCUCUGCUUGCCCUUAUAAAGUAACUUGAUUGAUAACGCACUGUUCUAGCAAAUGGUAUCUUCAAAGUAAUUAGUCCAGGCUUGCUGGUACUGUACUUCUGGUCUGACGAUUAGGUUUGCAAACCGGAUUUGCGUCUUUAUUCACAUGCACGUAAACCAUUAAUCAUGCACUUUAAUUUAACUGAAGAAAGACCAAGUCUAGAUUCUCGUGCUAAUAAGAUAUCGGCAGUGGAUCCAACUUUUGAAAUCUUUCAACAUUGCUAACUUUCGUAGCAAAGGAUGGGCCAAGAACGUAUUUGGUGGCUCUUCUCUGAAUCUUUUCAAGAUCCCUUAUCAACUCGAUUGAGUGCGGACACCAAAGUUGUGACGUAUAUAUAUGCAAGACGACCUCGCACCAGUUGAAGAUAUAGAAACUCCCUGGUCGGUGUGUCAUUAAUCUUCAACGACGUGCGCCUAACCUAACCAAACCCAGCAUCUUGUUGACUUUCAUGCGAACCUUGCAGUCAUGAUCCUUCCAACUCAAACUUGAAUUUAUUAGUAUUGCCAGGUCUUCCUUGGUCUCUGUGAGUGAGAUUGGAUGGCCACGAAGGUAGUAUGAAUUACGAUACGGGUUAACCUUCCUGGAGACUCUAAGGGCCUUGCAUUUGGAAGGGUUAAAAUUCAAUCGGACGCCAUUGGACCAAUAAACAAUGUUGUCAAGGUCUCUUUGUGAUAGUGUAGCAUCACAUCUAUUUUCUUGAAACACUUAGUGUCAUCAGCAAAGAGACCUACUGUAUACUCAUUAGGUGACAAUGAUUGCUUAAAUGAUUGGGUUGGUCGUUAGAUCGAGAAUAAUAGCGGGCCAAGAAUUGAUCCUUGGGGAACUCUCGAUGUCACCGGUAGUAGACAUGAAAUUGCACCCGCGGAACAACUAUGCGCUGCUUCCUUCCAGAGAGAUAAUUCGCGAACCACGACAGUAGAUGCCCAGAGAUACCAUCGUUGGAGUUUUGUAGAAGUAUGAUAUGGUCUAUGGAGUCGAAAGCAGGGCAGGAAAAAAGAAUUUCCUUCCUGGGAGCACAGCCUGGAGACAAAAAUUUCCUGCAGACCAACGCCGGGGCAACGGAGUAUUCUUGUGCUAAAUCUACAUGUGCGUAAACAUAUUGUGUUCUAGCUGACCAAUUCAAGGAAUAAUGUCUGUCAACCAUAUGUUGUUGCGCCCAUAGUGGGACAUGGGUGUUAAGGUUUCCUUCACAUUGUCAAUAGCAAAUCUUCAUUGAAAUGAAUUUCCUGCAGCUGUGCUCGCCUACAGUAUGUAUUUUUUCCACCCCUGGUUGAAAGCCUUCGAUAUAUCGAGAAAGAUGAUGUCCGUUUGCUUGUCGAGAUCGAGAUACUUCCCCAUAGUGCUCAAUGUGGAUAACAGCUGUGGAUAACAACAAGACCAUGCUGAGCAUCAUGUAUAAGGGAUCGUACAUGCAUGUGAAGAUAUACUAUUAAAAACGCAGCGUUCAAAAGAAUUUUUCCACUAUUGACAAUAGUGAAAUUGGUCUAUAGUUUUCGCCUUUACUCAUGCAAUGGAAUUAUGUAUCAAACCUGCAUGUUCCGGCUGCCCACUUCGCUCGCAGGGUUAACUGCAAAUUAUUUUUGAUUUGAUUACCUGCAAAACAAGGAAAUAUGCAGGCAUGCAUGUUUUCAUACAAACAACAGGCGUAAAAACUGCUUACCUACAGUAGGGCAGGUUGUACCAAACUCUUUUUAAUCACUAUUUUGUAGUUAAAUAAUAGUUAACUUUAGAAUACGAGAUUUGAGAAUACCAUAAGUCCAUAAUUCCUUUAAAAUUUAUUGUAUCACACUCUCAGCCAUCCUUGAAGGUUAAAACUAAAGAUUUAAACGUUUUAAAAAAAAACUGUUGCAAGCAUUACAUGUAAAUGAUUGCAUGCACACCACUGCACGCUUAACAAACCCCCCUUCUUUUCAUCCUGGACCGAUGGCUUGAAAUUUGUUAUACGGAGCUUCGAGUGCAUGUUACAGUAUAUUGUACCGGUUGCAGGGCCUUUUUUAAGAAUUCGUCCGUGAGGGGGGAGGGGACGUCUAUAAAAAAGGACCAUACUACAGUAUACUGAGUGUGGUGAGAUGACAGGUGUGUUGAUGGCACAAAAUUCGGUGUGGUGUCGUAUGUAAUAGUAUGGGGGUCAGAGUGUAUUCUCCUCCAGAAAAUGUUUGUAUUUUUCCACCCCUAGGAUUGCAUUUUGUGCGUUUUCUGAAACAGUUUUUGGAUACACAGCGUUACAUUAUACUGUAGAUAGACCGAAUCUUCAGUUAAUUUAAGUACUUGCAUGGUAUGUUUAUGUAAAUAUACCACAACUCAGUCACUAACUUAUUUAGCCUAGCCUUCCAACAACUCAGAUCUAUAGGGUCUGAUAUAUGCUAUCCACUUGGAUAUUUUUAAAAUCUACGGUAUUUACAACACAAUGUUUAGCAUUUUUAAAAAGACAUUGAAUCAUUUGAAGAUAAAAGAGAAGACAUAAGAUUCACAAAGCAAAUUUCAGUUACUAUAGAAUAUCAAACCUCCCUUCUAAAUUCCAUUUUUCUUCCAAUAUUUUGCCUAUGUUUUAGAGAAAAAGAACUUUGACUGGAGGGGCACCAUGGGGCUUUGUCCCAGUUAUAUAGUUAAAAAAGGCCCUGACAGGUUAAGUAAGGGAGGAUACAGGAAAAUACAUGUCCUCUUACCGUGGAUACUGUAUGUAAAAAGUUAGGAACAUUUCGAACACUGCAGGACAUAGGAAACUGUCUGCAUGAGAGAGAUGUCCCUAUGAGCGAGGUACUGUACUCGUAUUAAAGAGGUUCCUGUAAGGAAACGUUCAACUGAGCAAUAAAUAUAUUAUGUUUCCUACAAUAUAGUACCUUGUUACAAGAGAUGUAAACAGAUGGAGUACGUUGACGAUAAUGAAACAAUUGUCGAACCAGAAGACGAAGAUGGUGGCUGGGUCAGUACACACAAUACAGACAGUACAGCCAAUCAACAGUCAACUACAACACAAACCGCUGAAAUUCAACUUGAUUCAGAUAAGGUAACUUAUUGGUUGCUUAUCUAUUACACGCCAACUUAAAUUACUCUAAACACAAGUACUGUAGCUUCAGCUUCAUUCCCAUCUGGGCGCCAUCUACCUUUCAGCCUAAAUAUGUCGUAUAUGAUUUUCGCUGAAAAUUUUUAUCCACAAAACUAAUCAAUAUUCUUUGUUGAGGAGGUUACCCAGAAUUUACAAAAAAACGUUACUUAAUAACUAGUGCCUACUGUGUUUUUUUUUUUCAAUCGAAAUUUUAGGACAAACUGUAAAACAAAGAACAAAGAGUUUGGCAAUUGGAAAUUGGAAUAUAACAAAAUUCUUACUACAGUAGUUUGUAAUGUUACUCUAAAAAGUAUUUUAAUCAUAAUUUUAAGAUUUAUUGUAAUGCAAAACAACAUUGUCAUGUAUAUAUAACGUGGAAAACAAUAUACAGUAACGUGCAAGACGCUUCCUAGUUCCCUAUAAGGCACGUGAACAGUAUUGAUUUAUACAAAACUAAUAAGGGACCGGUCAUAAAGUAACUGCUAGGGUGGGCCGGAGUGAUUUGGGAUGGGCCAUUGAAAAAUCUUUGGGCAGUUUGGAUGGGCCGCCAAUUAUUUUGUAUGUCUACGGUUGGGCCACCAAACAAAAACACAUAUCUACUUUCAUCCAGGGGCGUAGGAAGCCAGGGGGGGGCUCGGCGCCAACCAUGGUGGUGCCUAGUGGGAGUCGUCCCCCCUAACUUUUACAAGCUUCCCUGCUUUCAUCACUUAUUAUGAUAACUAUAAUAGCAAAUAAGAUUUUAAAAUCAAACAUAAUACAAAUCUAAUAGGGCUGUACACUGCACAGAGGGAAGCAGGGGCAACUGCCCCCACCGAGAAAAUUUAUCUAAUUUUAUAAUGUGAUUAUGCUUGUAACGGAUAAUUAUGCAGUCAGGAAAUAAAAAAUUCAUGCAAGCAAUAAGUGUCUAUACAGCCGGCUAUUUAGUAAAUUGCCGUCACUUGUCAAUCCAUACUCAUCGAAUUUUCAAAACUUUAUUGUGAUCAUAUGAAGCAAAAGUUCUGUCACUUGUUGUUUACACUUGCCAAUGUUAACUGUUGAGUAACCAUACACACUAUUCGAGGAACAUGCAUUACUGUAGCAAAGAGUCAAUCAUAUAUCGACGACCAUGCACAGAAUAGUAGAGAAUGUUUUGAAGGUCAUGAGUGAAGUAUAUAACUCCAUUCCAACCCUGUGCACAGUUAAUGAUAUACCACACUGUUCAGUUUAACUCAGCAUAUCCACACAAAAACAAUUUGUAUUGUGGGAGAAUAUCUGUUUGAGUAGAAGGUAUCACAAGUUUAGUUUUGUACAUUGUGUGCCAUUGAAGCCAAAAUAUGGCAAAGAAUAACACGAGUACCAGAGCAUUGAACUAUAAAUAACAAACUAUUAUUAUAUUAUUAACUAUUAUUAGUAGUUAUUUAUAGUUCAAUGGAUGUAAACAAUUGAUGUAAGCUAAUAUUGGCUCAAUUAUACAAGCUCGUCGCUGAAUGGCUAUAGGUAUAAACGUUAAUACUAAUGUGCUUCGCAGAUACAAAAAUAAAGAUAUACACUGGCACUGUAUUGAUAUAUCUUCAUACCUGGAAGUUUUUUUCAUUAUAAAAGUGUAUUUUCCCAAUUUAGAUUGGGUGGGUGGGUGGUUGGGUCAUGAAAUAAAAUUGGUAAGAUUGGAUGGGCUUUGAAAUUUUUAUCUACAUCCUAAGAUGGGUCACCAAACUUAUUGGCAAAAUUUGUGAUUUACCUCCAGCCCACCCUAGCAGUUACUUUAUGACCAGUCCCUAAUUUGAAUUCUAUAACUUCAUAAAACAUUUCCUGAUUAUUUCAUCUAAUUUGCAUGUUUGAACAGAUUGAAAUAUUCAUGUUGCCACCUUAUAAAGUAAUUGUAGGAGGCGGACAGUUAGUUAAUUAUUGAUGUAGCCUGCGUGGCGGCUCUCAAAAUACAAGGAAAGGAGGAUCGCAUGAAGUAUCAAGGAGAAUAAUUUGAAACCGCCAUUUUAAAAAACAGCAAUCGCUUUGUCGCUCGAGCGCCAUGUGCUUUAUAGUUACAGUUACGGUAAAAGUGGCUAUAAAAUGAGCCAAACGCAUAAAAAAAGGGAAAAAUAUCGGCGAUUGAUAAAAAAAAAUAACUAAACACCACACUGCUGUAUUGUGUUCUUCAUUAUAACAUAUACUGUACAUUGUAGUGAUCAUACGGUUCAUACCAUACGUGUGCUUUUACUAAUUUAAUAACUGAAAUAUGCAUCUAAAAGUAAAAAGGUUCAACGAAUAGAACACCACAAUUCCACAACAACAAAAAAUUGCGCCCACGCCCAAAAUCAUGUGACCACGCCCACAAAAUUAUUUUGGACGGCCACUUUUGAAAUCCUGGCUAAUACCCUGUGUCUAACAUUGAAAUUAAUUUACCACGUAUCUGUUUUGCAGAAGCAGAAUGUACCUGUGGCUGGAGAUGAUGACGAUGACGACGACGAUGAUGAGGAGGCUGAAGAUAUGGAAGGUAUUGUUUUAAUAACUCUCACGUCAUGUGACUGUCACUCAGUCUGUUACAGGGUUCGUACAAAACUCGAAAGUCCUUGAAUUUGAAAACAAAAAUUCAAGGCCUUGAAUGUCCUUGAAUUUGUAAAGAAGUACUUGAAUGUCCUUGCAUUCUUCUUGCUUUAGUUUUUGGAUAUUUUCUGAAAUUGUUUGACAUUCAAGACGGACAUUUUGUUGAACUGAUUUUGCAUGUUCAUAUCUGACCUCAUUAUAAAGUUACGUUUUGAACAAUUCAACGUCAGAUUUUGCUGAUUUCUAACACCUUCUUCAGUAUUUAGUCCUUGAAUUUGCUGAUACACGGCCUUGAAUGUCCUUGAAAAGUCCUUGAAUUUAACUCUUCCUGACCUGUACGAACCGUGCUGUUAGUCGAGCAGUCUGUUUACAGCAGUGGUGGACACAUCGCGAGAUAAUGCGGGGACGGGGGAGGGGUGAGCAACACUGUACGUUGCCAACAUAUGAUCACUUUUUGUAGCUCAACUUAGUUCUUAAAACUUUUUUGCCUUAAUUAUGUAGCCUACCAAUACUAUCAUGUUUGGAAAAUUAUUGUUACAGCUUUGCCCCGUGUCCCCCGCCCCCAUAGUGUCCGUCAUGCACUGUUUAUACUAAAUUACCUCUAUGUCCAUCACGGGGCGUGGUAUCUGACAUUAGCCAUGUUAUUUGAAAGGUGGCCACAUGGAAAUUAUGGGCAUGACCCGCAUUCUAUUCUGCUGACAAUUUCUUUACAUAUGUAUUAACCUCCCAUUAGUUAAGGAUAAAAAAUGAAUAAAAUGGGAUGUCUAAUGUAGGCUGCAUGAGUAAACCUUGAGCCAUGCUUACAAUUUGUGUACAAACGUGUUACUGUAUUUGUUUCAGCUUUUGAAGAGAGUGGAUUACUAGAGACGGACGAGGUACUAUAUGCUGCAUGAUUAGAAAAACCGUAUUAAUCCAUACUUCGGUGUGUUGAGCACUCUGCGAAGUUGUUAAUGACUUAAUGGGUGUCUAUUAGUGAUAAAGCAAAGCUCACUUCCCUUGUGGUCGUUUGAGCACUCUGGCCCCAUACACUCUGCACAUGUCUGGAUGCGUUGAUGUCAACGUGUUGUACCACAUUCCUUGUUGUUCCACAUUCCAUCACCAUGUGUUUUCUUGGUCCUUGUUGUUCCACAUUCCAUCACAGUACAAAUUUAACCUGUAAAUGAACUUUUUGGCGAAAUGUGAGCACACGGAAAUUCUGCCGGCAUAUUUCGCUACGGUUUUUGUUUGGACGUAUAUACUGUAAUAGUCUUAGUGCCUGCGAACAAAAUUCAUAACUUCAAAAUGUGCUUGCAAAAUUGUAUCCUAUUUUAGGUUUUGAAGGCUAGAUAUUGUUAAAAUGGCAGGAUUUUAACGAGAUUUCCUAUACAAAAUUUGUUUUAAAAUGUGGCUGUACAAAUUUAAUACGUGCCUGCGGGCGGCGUUACUCGCGCAUUUUAAUGAUGCCUUGAUAGCAUGUUCCUCUUGUACAUGUAGCAGGUCGUAUUAAAAAAUUGACUUACAUGUUUCUAGGGUACUUUGGCAGUAGAAAAAUCACCCAAAGCUGGAGCAGAAGACGAUGCCAGUCCAACAACGGAUGGUAUUUUACAAACACGAACUUAUGAUAUGUAUGUGACGUAUGACAAGUACUAUCAAACACCAAGGUUAUGGCUUUCUGGUUAUAACGAGGUAGGAUCGACUUCUUGUAACUUUGCAUUGCCAGAAAGGCCGUGCUAAGCAUUGCCGGGAAACAUUCGACAGGCCUACUGUACGUAUAAAUCUCGAAUCUUUAAUACUUCAUGAGUAAAUUAGCCAACCAUAUUGCUUUAUGUUGCUCACAUGAUAAUACUGGAUACCUGAUGAAGUGUAUUGAUCCAGUCAUAGAACUGGAUCAAAAUUAAUUCAGUCCUUGGACUGGAUCAAAAUUAAUUCACCUCACUUUAAGGAGUGAUAUAUUCGUGUGAGAUGUCAUUUCAAAUCCUCCAAUUCGGACUGGACUAGAUUUCAAGGCCUUCUCAUUUUGACCCAGUCCUCCGCUCUUUGGCUUCGCCUCGGACUUGAUCACUUGAACACAGUUUCAGUUAUGCUCGCCAAAAAUAUGCUUUACAACCAACCAAAUACAAAGCGAGCACACCUGCCUUUAUAUUUUGCACUGACAUCACAGUACUGUGUGGGCAUUUAAACCCAUUUUAACACCAUAUACGCGUCCCAUUAUGUACCUAUAUAUCCAUCAAAACAUCACGAAUCACUUUCACCAAUUGAUGAUUCCCCUUAUUACGUUUUCGUAGCGCUUUGCAUUGUGGUUAUAGUGGUAUCAAUGAUAAAGAUAGCGGCUUCAAAUGAAAAUAUUGAAUGUUUUCGCAAAUAUUUUGCUGUUACCUAUCGCGCACCUGGCCCUAGCUAAAGUUCUUGCACGGGUCAGGACAAAAAAUAAGCCAUCUUGAAUAUCAGUGAUACCACUACUGUAUAACUACAAUGCAAAGCGCUACGAAAACGUAAUAAGGGGCAUCUUCUAUUUCAACAAACUAGAUUUUACAAACUUUUCUCACGACAUAAAUGGAAAUCGAGGGAAUCUGUCUAGGAACUAGACUCAGUUCCGAAGUAUCACCAACUCGAACCGACUUGACCUCGUAGGUCAGUUGGUAAAGCACUGAACUAGUAUCCCAAAGGUCGCGGAUUCGAUUCCCACCGUGGUCAGGGAAACUUUUCAGCUUGCCCGGUGUGCAUGCACACUCAAAGUAACUCCAUGCACAAACAUCAUAUUUACCUGAGUACAUACAGUAACACCAACACACACAAAAAAGCAAUAUUCUAUUCUAUGAAGCUACACAGCUUUACAUAUAAUUAAUAAUGACUUCACUUUCGUUUUGUCUUGCCAUGCAUGUUUUUUCCAUUUUUGGGCCUGGUAACAUGACCUUCUAGCUAAGAUCCUGGGCGAAUUGGGUGACCAACACACGACCACCUUUCGUAGCUGGAAAUCAUAGUUCUUUCAACUUUUUGCAUUUUAUACGCAAUAUUUAGCUAAUUAGCUUAAUUGAUAGUCUACCAAUGCUUUCAUGGUUGAAAAAGUAUUGUUACAGCUUUGUUAUACAGUUUAUAUUCAGCUAUCAUUCAAAGGCUUUCAGAAAUUAGUGGUGGGGGAUGGAGGGUGCAGUCGCCCUAUAGCUAGUGCCCGCCACUGUAUAUACAAACACAAACCGAACGGUUGUGCAUUAUACAGUAGAGAGCUUUAGAUUUUAUUGCGAAUACGACUAUUCGUUUAUUUGGACGGGCCAUAUUCUUACGCCAUCUUUUUUGGAAAAGUUUCGUUGUAAAACUAGCAUCUACUACGAGAUUAGGGCUCGCGUACAUAUUGGCGUAAGAAAAUGGCGAGCAUGUGCUAAUUACAGGGUACGAUAAUUCGCGUACUUACGUACCGGCGGUAAGCCAAUAGGGAACUUUAGAUUUGACUACGAGUACGACUACGAGUACGAGAUUCGUCAAGCUAAACGCAUGCUGUAUGCUUACGCCAUCCCGUGCUGACGCUAAAAAGUCGUAGCCGUCGCCCAUCUGAGUACGAAAUUGUGGAGAAACCUCGUAGUCCUCACGACGACUUUUCAAAAAAAACAAAUAAAGUUGACUUUUUUUUGUUUUCCAAAAAUAAUUUGUAGCAUUUAUAUAGCGUUUAUCCGGCGCAAAUAAUAUAUUAGUGCUAAAUAUCUGGCCUGUUUUUAAUGUUAUGACUUAUUUACACGUUUUGUAGUGGAUUUUAGUCGGCAGGAGAUUUACUUUAUGAAACUUUUUCUCUAGUUGUUGGUUUACUGUUAUAAAAGCAACAUUUGAAUGGAAACGAAAACGACUACGGUAAUUUCCUCGCACGCGAUCAAAUCUCGUACUCGUAGUCGUACUCGUAGUCAAAUCUAAAGCUCCCUAAUAUCACAGUCUGCUACUUCUUUGUUUUUUAACACUCGCUAUCUGCGUACUUGCAUUUUGCUGGUACCAGAUGACCUUAUACCAAGCCCAAGGUAUCCAAAACGCUAAUUGUAGUUAAAAGUCAAAAAGUUUGAAAGUUUUAGUUUAAAAGUCAUACUUAGAAGUGGGUAUAUGCAUGGGUACGUCUGACAUGUCGUGACAUGAAGAAUUAUUGGACUGAUAGGAGUAAGGAAUGUUGGAGUUGAUUAUAUAACGUUUGUUUAUGCCGUCGUUCCCGUUCUAACUCGAGUUUUAGGUUAUACUGAAUGAAUACCUUUCAGAAACUUGUACUUUAUGUACCUCAUUUUAAAGUACUAUUUAAAACAUGAGCAGCAGUGUUUUAUCAGAUAUAAAGAUACGAGGCGAAGCCGAGUAUCUUUAGGUCUGAUAAAACACGCACUGCGAAUGUUUUAAAUUGCUUCAAGAAUGAUCGAUCUAGUAAGUUCAUUGGCGACGUAAUUUUCAAAAAAAUACGCUUGCUCUGUAAGUCGAGAAAAGCAAAGUUAAAGUUUAUAUAAAUCAAGGGAAAUCUCUGUCACAUAUAAAGAUACGAGACGCUUAUGAUUUUCUUCAUGAAUUAUUAAUGAGUUUUUGAAGACUAAGUACAUCUUGAGUCUUCUACGAGCUCAAGUACGAGACAAUAAUCAUUGGAAUACUAUGCAGUGAGGUACGACCACAAGUUUUGAAUUAUCGCACCUUGCGCAAACAACGAGCGGCGUAAUCGUACUCCUACUCGUAGUAAAAUCUACAGCUCUCUGAUAUCUCUCAGAGUAUAACAAAGACACGAAUAGUCUUUUCAAUUAUGUUUUCUUUCCCUUGCCAAUUUAUAGAACCGUAAACCUCUGUCAGUGGACGAAAUGUACGAAGACAUGAGUCAGGUAUUAUUCAUACAUAUUCAAGACUGCCUUACAGGUAUACUGUAAUACAAUUGUAUCCAAUAUCCUGGAAGCAAAACAAGUGUACGGAUAUAUCUUUCCAAUAUUCUUAAUCAAGAGAACAUUGUCGAAUGGCGAAGUGGCGAACUGGUGUUAUUUAAUAAGUUGUUUAAUACCCUUCAUACAUGAUUUCAAAAUAUUACUUCGAUAACACGUCGCAGUGGUAGCAUGUAUCAAAUCUGUUAACCUUUGUAAGUGGCGAUGUACCCAGGGGCGGAUCUAGGGGUCGUCAAGUCAGUCGCGCGACUGAAGUAAAAAUUGCCUACUUAAUUAAAAGAAUUCGACUCCAGCUAUCUAUAGCGGCCAGUAGAUCGAGUUAUUAAAAUUUUGAAUCGUAGUCCAGUUAUACGUUUCAUGCUGCGGCAGAGCUUCGGCAAAGUAAUGUUAGGCAGUCACGAACAGCGGUCUUACGCAUGAAUGUUGACGGAUUCGGAGGUUGAAUCCGGCUAUCUGAUUGGCUGACGCGCUCAUUUCCAUGGUUACAGCCAUUUGCGACGGAUCUGUGGGGAGGCCUGACGGAUUUGCAGAUUCAGGGGCUCUGUAUGAGUCUUCUGAUUGAACCAUUUAAAAAUAUUCUGCGCUGUCAUUGGUUUAUAUUUUCGACGGAUUCGCAGCGUGGGGUAUUCGUCAACACGGCAUUUGGUGUUUUAUACCUCCUGAAUGUUUACUAUUUCGAACGUCUGGCAUGUGAGAAAUUUUAUUAUUAUAUUUUUACGAGCGAUCUCUGCCAGCGAUAUCUGGAAACAUUUUCGACAAUAUUCAGUUUGCGAUUGCGGCAAACGAUUUAGAAUCUCUACAACGUUUGUAUACGGAGCUUGAGAAGAAUAUCGAUGCUUCAUGGACAAAUUCUGUUGACGAACUACUGAACGGCAAAGUGAGCACCAUCCACAAUACAAGCAGAAGCCUCGCUAGAAAUUUUGGCGCAGAGAGCUACAUUCCGUAGUAUGUUCGAGACAAAGCUUGCACUGCAAUAAGGUAGAGAAAUUUAUGGUUUUAUAAUGAUGUAUCUUUAGUUUAUAUUAAUUAAACCGAAGAACCAAAGCCGUCGGUGUUGUUAAUGAUUGUUUGACAUAUGAUAUUUUAAUAUUCGCUAUGCUGUAUUAGCAUAAUUCUCGCGUCAAGAAGCUAAAAUAUGUUUUAUUCAAUAUCCACAUUGUAAGCAUUUGUUGAUUCUCGUGUUUAUAGUGAAGUUUUAUUUAAGAUUUAUUUAUAUUUAUGCAUCGAUCACACAACAUGUCGGCCUUAUAGAAUACUGUUUGUCCAUAGCCUAUCGACACGGCUUGUUAGACCGCAUUGGUCUGGUGUAACAUGAUGAUGUGAAAUAUUUAAUAAGCUAGCUUGAAAAGCUCAUUGACUGGUAGCCAUUCUCAUGUAACUAGUUUAUUAAUAUUUGACAUAACAUCUUUAUAUCUUGUUAAUGUAAUAGUGUUUGACUUAGUUAAUGAAUAUCUGGUUGUUUUUUUGGAUCUGAGGCUACUAGCAAUUAUUUGUAUAGUUCUGCGUUUUUGGUAACAGAACAGUAUAUUUCCUUAAUGCAUUUGCUGCCAUAUGAUUUUACAAGUUUUACAAUGAUACACAUAUAGGUAUAUAGUAUCAAUAUGACGACGAUUGAUUAAUCCACAGGCAAACAUGUUAUUAAAUUGCUGCUGAGUUUUAAUGUACUAUAUCAUAGUAAUAUAUCCAUAAAAUUUUGUAUUGGAAUAGGAUCAAUAUAUCUUUGUGCAUUUGUAGUUUUUCUUACAAUGGAUAAGAAUCAAAUGUUCGUUUGAGUUUAUCAAUUUAAAUUUAAUCUAAAUACGUUUUUCACGCCCAGUCGAGACCACGCCCAGCGCCUGACAACGCCCCGUCCGCCAAAAAUUUUUGACUGAGGUACGAAAAAUCCUAGAUCCGCCCCUGGAUGUACCCUGAUGUGCCCUACUUCAUUAUACGUACUCGUCAAAGAGAGAGUGCUGCCACUCAGUGAGUUAGUUUCAAGUAAAGUGAAAUUGUUUGUCAACUUCAGGAUCAUGCGAAGAAAACAGUAACAAUAGAAUCGCAUCCUCAUCUCCCAACGACGAUGGCUUCUGUUCAUCCAUGCAGGUGUGUGAAAUAAUGAAACAUUUUGGGUGAGGUAUAAAGGCCCGUUCCAAUAUGGUCAUGACAUGUUGGCCACCAACAUCAUCCAACAUUGGAUACUGGGUACAAUAUGUUCGCCUCGUUUGAACACUGUAUGCAUGUGUUGGGUAAUUUUGGCUGAUAUGUUGGAUCAAGUUUGACUUUGCUUAAAAAUUACAUUGUGCAAGAUUUGUCAAUUAAGCCGGAUACAGACUAGCACGUUCUGUAUGAGAGGUUUUCAUAUGACCAAUGGCAAUUCUAUUCGCUCGUCUGUAUACGCAACUUUGACAAUUUUAUUAUAAUGACAUGUACUGUACACUUGUUCAAAAGCUAAUAUGCUUAAAAAUUUAGUUCGUCUGUACAGGUCAACAAAGAAAAUUUGGCAACGUACUCAUUCAGUCUGUCAGCGAUCUGUUGUUGUAAUAGCUAUCGUGGCGGUCAGAAAACCAAAAACUUUCAUAGAAAAUUUGCUGUACGUACACAUGUACAUUUGACAAAUAAAACUUGCCACAUGAAAAUUUGUCGUAGAAAAUUUGCUUUGCAUGUACUCGUAAUUAUUGACAUUUGAUGAUUGCGCCUGAUCGCGCUCCCCCGACAUCAUCCUACAUUGGACUGGAACGGGGUUUAAGAGGUUAUAUUAUAAAAAUGUGUCCGAUUUGGAGGAGACAUUCACCUUAUGUACUAUCUUACUUAUAUUUGUGCUAGACAUGCUGACGUAAUGAAGAAAAUAAUUGAAACUGUUGCUGAAGGUGGAGGAGAACUUGGAGUUCAUAUGUAUCCUUAAUUGUACAACACCCACUGCAGUAACACUAUAGUAUCAACCAGUGUGAUAGCCAGGGUGCUGACUUGGGAGGGAUUACUAGAAAUUUCCAGGACAGUCCGGAAGUAUGCUCCCUGGGGAAUUUUUGCUUUCUAAGCUUUCUAAACAGCAUUUGUUGCAUUCCGAAACUAGUUCUGAAAACAUAGAAGAAUGCAAUUCAUUCGAUCAAUUAGAAUAGAGCAUUGGAAACGACAAGGAAUCUUGACAUUAGCCACAUUUUGCUUAACAAUUGCCUAUUUUGUACAAUAAUUAUACUGUCCAAUUCACAACUCUUUAGGCAAUUUGGUAAAUGAGUAGUAAUCAUUCUUCCAAACAUCUGCAGAUUUUCUGCCCAGAUUUCAACGUUUCACAAGCACAAUUCCGUAGGCCAUUGGCCCUUGAUCCCCUACGCCAAUCAUGUUAUUAACUAUAUUCCCCAAAAGCAAAGGUAUUUGUGAGGAGAUGAAGUGGACGUGAUUAUUCAGCCUAAUCGGUGAGAGAAUAAUUGUCUUGAGAUAACUUUUCUAUCCAAAGAAACAACUGAAAAGUUUUACAUAAUGAUCCAACAAUAAUUAUCAUGAUGAAUUUUGCAAUUUUUGUUCAAUUAAACGCGAGCAAAAACACAUCCCGCCCUAGUUUUCUCGCCCGCAAGUCCUCCAGAAAACCGUCUGCUACGCAGGCUAGGUGGUAUAUUGUACUGCAAUCAGAUGAUAUAUAUUUCCUUGACUGUUAGCUAUAGGUACCUUUUAAUAUUUCUGAAAUUUGUCCAGGCUGUUAUUCCUACAAUUGAGUAUGACUACACGCGUCAUUUCGCGAUAUAAGAAUAACAGACAAUGAUAUUUGUAAUGUACUCAGCGAAUCUCAAGAUCAGAGGAGACAUCACGUGACACGACUAACAACUACAAUCUGAAAAUAUCCGUAAUGUACAAACAUGAGCUUACAUGCAUGGCCUAUAUAGAAUAAUACUAAUAAUUAUACAUAGACAAAGCACAUUUUGGUGUAAUUGCCGUUCCUCAAUUAAAAUAUAUUGUUAUAGAAAGAACACUUACAAUGAUUGGUAAGUGACUGAAGUGCAAUAAUCUGAUCCUCUGAAUCUGAUCCUUCCAGUUUCAGCUACAUGUUAUAGUUUAACUGCAAUUUAGAGUGGAAUACUUAUACAUUUAUUAGACCUUAUUUUUCACAUUACUCGGUCUCCUUUGUUCUUUAGAGAAAAUAUAUUUAAAGUGGAAGUCAAGUCCGUAAUGUAAACAAACAGUUUGUUUACAUUUUGAACUGCUGUAUUUUUUAAAAUAUGAUGGACUGUCUGAAUAUCUAACACCAUUUUGGUUCGCUAUGCUUCUAAAAUGAAAUAGAGUUUAUGUUCAAAAAAAUUCAAAACAUUCGAAAUUUGGGCAAUGUUCACAUUAGAGGUCCUCACAUUGUUAUGAGCAGAACCGAUGCGCAGAACGGACUUGACUUCCACUUUAAUAUCCAAAUUCAAAGGCAAAACAAUAGAUUAAUAAUCCCCUCUAAUAUUCCCCUCUAAACUUAAGUGAGCAGUGUUUGGGACUCAUUUCAUUAAAUGUCUUUCAUAACGAAUUUCUUUCUGUAAUGUCUCCUAAAAUGCAAUCUCGCCAAUGUGAAAAAUAAGUACGUUAUUUUGAGGCACCUCGGGGAUAUGUGUUUAUUCACCUCGGCGCUUAUAUCCCCUCGUUGCCUCAAAAUAAUCUAUACUAACCGGGGCAAAAUGCAACUAUCGUCCCCCUGGCAGGAAUCGAACCUGCGAUGCAGGCAUAAGGUGAUGUCAAUGUGCGGUGUAUGGGUAAAUAUCAGCUAGGACUUUGGACAUCUCACCCGAUGUAACUAAUUGUUGAAGGGAUUUGUAGAUGGAAAUUUUGAGUGGAAUUUUUAUACAUUUAUUAGACGUAACCAGGAACAGUUGCGAAAACUAUCGCCUCUCUGGCAGGAAUCCAAGGGUGGGUAGUAGCGAAGUAGUUGUAGUUCGCUACUGUAGCGAACUACAAUUUUCAAGUAGCCAGUAGUUUUUGACUACUUUUUUAAAACAGUAGCUGUAGAUAUAGCGAACUACAUUUUGCUUAAAAGUAGCCAAGUAGUUGGCUACUUUUCAAACGACGAAUCGCUAUUCGCUACUUUUUAAAAUUGUUAGCAACUUGAUAGAAUAGCAUGAUAUUGAGACACAGUCUGCUUAAAAUCAAUACUCAAUAGUCAGUUUGCACUCCUGAACACUGUAGUGCUUACAAUGUUGCUUUGUGUUUACUGUUGUCUGUUGCUACUCGUAAGUCGAUUUGUUAUAGGCCUACAUUACAGCCUGAGUUAAUAGUAGAUGCUCCAAAUACAGUAAAACUAAAAAAUAUAGAUUAGCGAAAUAGCGAAAUAGUUCGCUACAUUUUUUAAGCAGUAGCUGUACAGUAGCGUUGUUCAAAAGUAGCAGUAGUUGUAGCUGACUACAUAUUUUUGAAGUAGCUGUAGUUAUAGCGAACUACAAAAAUUUUGUAGUCAACCCACCCUUGCAGGAAUCGAACCUGCUCCCCUGGUUAGGUCUAAAAAAAUGUAUAAGAAUUCCACUCGAAAUUUCCAUCAACAAAUCCCCGGUCAACAAUUAGUUACAUCGAGUGAGGUGCCAAAAAUCCUGACAUUUACCCAACUGCCAUUUAUCCCGACGCAGAACGGGUCAUGUGCAUGCGCAGUCGAGACUAUGAAUUGGCUUAUAGAUAAGGAAAUAGUCUUGAAUAGGUACAAUACUGUAUAUGACGGGAUUAUAUAGGGAUCACAUCUUUAAGAUCACGUCCGUCAAAAGAAGCGAACACAAUAAAACAG